UCACACCAGGGAUGCAGACGCCACAACGGAGGCCCUGCAACCUCCCACUCAUCCUUCUGGGAACCAUGCUGCUGGCUGCAGAUUGGGCUGCUGUGGAGAGCCAAGUCCAGUACGAGCAUGAAAGAGAACCAUCCUACUGGGAUACGCGGGCAAAGGCGACACUGGAUGCUGCGCUGAAACUCCGCCCCCGGGAGCACCGGGCCAAGAACAUCAUCCUGUUCCUCGGAGAUGGGAUGGGCGUGGCCACCGUGUCAGCAGCUCGGAUUCUGGAAGGCCAAAUGGAGGGGAACGCGGGGGAGGAGACAGUAUUGGCGAUGGACACCUUUCCGUAUGUGGCACUUUCCAAGACUUACAGCGUGGACAAGCAGGUAGCAGACAGCGCGAGCACGGCUACAGCCUACCACUGUGGCGUCAAAGCCAACGCUAAAACGGUGGGGCUGAGCGGCCGCGCGGUGGCCUACGAGUGCAACACUACCUUUGGAAAUGAGGUCUACUCCGUACUGCGACGUGCUAAGGCCGAAGGUAAAUCCGUGGGUAUUGUGACCACCACCCGGGUGCAGCACGCCUCCCCGGCCGCGGCUUACGCCCACUCGGUCAGCCGCAGCUGGUACAGUGAUGCCGACCUUCCGAGCAGCGCUCGCCACCAGGGUUGUGUGGACAUCGCUACCCAGCUGGUCACCAACGUCGACAUUGAUGUGAUCCUGGGAGGAGGAAGGAUGUAUAUGACACCAAAAGGCACUUCGGACCCUGAAUACCCAACCUCCAACUCUCGCAAGGGAGACCGCAAAGACCGAAGGAACCUUAUAGACGUCUGGUUAAAGGCUAAACCAAACAAGAACUCCCACUAUGUUUGGCACAGGAAGGAGUUUGAUGCGGUAGACGUUAAAACGACUGACCGACUCAUGGGUCUGUUUGAGCCAAAGGAUAUGAGAUUUGAGGUUUUUCGAAAUGUCACCAGAGAUCCCUCCAUUGUGGAGAUGACGGAGAAGGCCAUUCAAAUCCUCAGCAAGAAUCCAAAAGGAUAUUUUCUGUUUGUGGAAGGAGGUAGAAUUGAUCACGGACACCACGACGGCAUCGCCAAACUGGCGCUGACGGAGGCUGUGAUGUUUGACCGAGCUAUUGAGCGUGCCUCGCAGCUCACUCAGGAGUCAGACACACUGACGGUCGUCACGGCCGACCAUUCUCACGUCUUCACCUUCGGCGGCAACACCCCCCGAGGAAAUCCAAUCUUUGGUCUAGUGCCAAAAAAAGCAGAUGACCAAAUGCCUUUCACCAGCAUCCUGUAUGCCAACGGCCCCGGUUACGUGCAUGUAAAUGGAACCAGAGGGAACAUCACGAUGGUGGAUUACUAUGACGAAGAGUACAUGCAGCAGGCCGCCGUCCCCCUAGACUCCGAGACACACGGCGGCGAAGACGUCGCCAUUUACGCCAGAGGCCCCAUGGCUCACCUCUUUCACGGGGUGAAAGAACAGAACUACGUGGCCCACGUCAUGGCCUACGCCGCUUGCUUGGAGCCCUACACGGACUGCCCGCCUCCGCCUCGCUCCCACACAUCCGCCGGGUGCGUGAGCACACCCUCAAACCUAAUGUUUGGACUCCUGUGCCUUCUUUGGCUGUCCAGAUGACACCCGACAACCGCACACUCUUUACACAUCCACAAUAAUGCAAGUACAUAGCGUGCAUGUAGAUGACGUAUUAUGCAAUAAUCCUUUAUAAGGCCAACAAACACACACACACUGUCAAGUGUGUGUAUAGAGCCAGACCGACAGAUCACAGUAAACAUCCUGACAUCUCAUUUUUGAAUUGCAAGCAAACAUUCGGACAUCGUGCAAAUACGCAAACAAGAACAACAAACAGUACGACCCCGUAAACUCUUUUUAAGUGUUGCAAAUGUAGAGCUUUAUGUGCAUAUUUUAUUUCAAACACUAUUUUCAUUAUACGCUGGCAACAAAACUACCAACUUGCACAGAGUAGUUUGCUGUCUUCCAUUUGCCGGUUAGGUUUUUUUUCUCUCCUUUCCUCAUCUUUCAGAUUUUUUAAGGAGCUGUAAUGUUGUUAUUUACCGUAUAUUUCGGAGUAUAAGUCGCACCAGAGUAUAAGUCGCACCUGCCGAAAAUGCACAAUAAAGAAGGAAAAAAACAGAUAUAAGUCGCAUUGGAGUAUAAGUCGCAUUUUUUGGGGAAAUGUAUUUGAUAAAACCCAACACCAAGAAUAGACAUUUGAAAGGCAAUUUAAAAUAAAUAAAGAAUAGUGAACAACAGGCUGAAUGUACGUUAUAUGAGGCAUAAAUAACCAACUGAGAACGUGCCUGGUAUGUUUACGUAACAUAUUAUGGUAAGAGUCAUUCAAAUAACUAUAACAUAUAGAACAUGCUAUACGUUUACCAAACAAUCUGUCACUCCUAAUCGCUAAAUCCCAUGAAAUCUUAUACGUCUAGUCCAGGGGUCGGCAACCCGCGGCUCUAGAGCUUUUUCAAACAUGUAUGAAAAAUGGAAAAAGAUAAGUGUAAAUUUUUUUUUUGUUUGUUUUAAUAUGUUGUCCGUAGGAGGACAAACAUGACACAAACCUCCCUAAUUGUUAUAAAGCACAGUUUAUAUUAAACAUGCCUCACUGAUUCGAGUAUUUGGCGAGCGCCGUUUUGUCCUACUAAUUUUGGCGGUCCUUGAACUCACGUAGUUUGUUUACAUUUAUAACUUUCUCCGACUUUCUAGGACGUGUUUUAUGCCACUUCUUUUUCGGUCUCAUUUUG